AUCACAGCUUUCAAUCCCAAUCUCCAUCACAAAACCAAUCCUCCUCUGCCCCCCGAUCCCCAAGAGCAUCACCUGCAAGCAAUGGACGUUUCGGGCACCGGAGCUGGCGCCAAGGGCAAGAAGGGCGCGGCCGGGCGCAAGGCCGGCGGCCCCAGGAAGAAGUCGGUGACGCGGUCCGUCAAGGCCGGGCUCCAGUUCCCCGUCGGCCGCAUCGGGCGCUACCUCAAGAAGGGCCGCUACGCCCAGCGCGUGGGCACCGGCGCCCCCGUCUACCUCGCCGCCGUCCUCGAGUACCUCGCCGCCGAGCUGCUGGAGCUCGCCGGAAACGCCGCCAAGGACAACAAGAAGAGCCGCAUUAUCCCGCGCCACCUGCUGCUCGCCGUCAGGAACGACGAGGAGCUCGGAAAGCUGCUGGCGGGCGUCACCAUCGCGCACGGCGGUGUGAUCCCCAAGAUCAACCCGGUGCUCCUCCCCAAGAGGACCGCGGAGAAGGAGGGCAAGGAGCCCAAGAAGACGACCAAGUCCCCUAAGAAGGCCACCAAGGCUUAGAUCGAUCCAUUCCAUGUCGUAGACUGUACUAGUGUUCUUCAUAGUGGUCCGGUUGUGUUCCUGUAGCGGUGUCGUUUCAUCUUGUUAUGUGCAUGUUUAAUGGAAGAACGUCAGAAAUCUCUCUGACUUGCCCAAA